AUUUUCCCGUAGCACAAACUACACGAAAUGUCCAAAUGGAGUCUUUUGGUAGUAGUUUUUUUUGUCUUAGUGCCACGUAAGAACUGUAUUGAAAAUGAUGAUUCUAUGCUGCUUAAUAAACUAAACGGAUCUAAUCCGGAACCUCUGAGACCCCGAUCGCCAAAUAAAAUUCCGUUUGAUCAUUUUGCCUAUAUACCCGAUAUAUUCCUCCCUUUUUUACCCCCGAAACCACCACCACGCCCGGGACCACGCCCGGGACCACGUCCACGCCCUGAACCCACACGCUCACCUACUGCUGCUCCAAUUGGAGGUCACAUAAAUCCUGUCUUAUAUCCCCAUCCAUACCCAUAUCUAUACCCAUAUCCAUAUCCGCUCCCAUAUCCAUGGUACCCACUAAAUGGAACAUAUCCAAACCCUCCACCAAAUGGAAAAUAUCCACCAAAUGGACCAUAUCCACCAAUUGGAGUUCCCCCACCACCAGGUGUAUAUCCACCAAAUGGACCAUAUCCACCAAUUGGAGUUCCCCCACCACCAGGCGGAUAUCCACCAAAUGGACCAUAUCCACCAAUUGGAGUUCCCCCACCACCAGGCGGAUAUCCACCAAAUGGACCAUAUCCACCAAUUGGAGUUCCCCCACCACCAGGUGUAUAUCCACCAAAUGGACCAUAUCCACCAAUUGGAGUUCCCCCACCACCAGGCGGAUAUCCACCAAAUGGACCAUAUCCACCAAUUGGAGUUCCCCCACCACCAGGCGGAUACCCACCAAAUGGACCACAACCACCAAUUGGAGUUCCCCCACCACCAGGCGGAUAUCCACCAACUGGAGUUCCCCCACCACCAGGCGGAUAUCCACCAAAUGGACCACAACCACCAAUUGGAGUUCCCCCACCACCAGGCGGAUAUCCACCAACUGGAGUUCCCCCACCACCAGGCGGAUAUCCACCAGGACCGGUACCGGUGGUUCCCACAAAACCACGUCCAAAGUUACCCGCUCCUCCAGGAAUACCCUCAAAACCCGGCCAAUAUCCAUCUGGACCGGAGAAUGUUAAUAUCAAUGAUAUAACAAUAAAAAGAAACCGACGUAAGGUCUAAACAUAGAACUUGAAAAAAAGAUAUAAAUAUUAAAUUAAAUUUGCUGUUUUUGCGCGAAAUGUAAAUGUUACUCUUUGUAAUAAAGAUGUAAAAUA